UCUCUCUCUCUCUCCCCCUCCUCCUCAGGCCUGUAGCAGCUCCUCCCCCCCCCUCCCCUGGCGGCCUCGGUUCAGAUGGAGGACUCGGAGACUGAGCUGGCGGUGUCGGAGUCGGACGCUCUGGGCGCAGACUUCAUCACGGUGGAGUUGGACACGCAGCCCAUCGAGUACGUGGUGAAGUGGGCCGAGGUCGGCUCCAAGUUCACCAUCUCCUGCGUGAAGAAGGACUCGGACGACCCGGCGGACCUGAGCGCCGAGCAGCUGAAGAUCGAGACGGACGAGGCCUUCUUCGCCCCCUACGAGGAGGUGUACCCCUGCGAGGUGACGGAGCAGAGCGUGGAGAUAAAGACAGACUCCGACUCCGACGAGGAGGACGCGGAGGAGGAGCGGGAGGUGCUGGUGGAGGCGGGGAGCAGCCGGCUGGACGGCGAGGCCGACUCGGACCAGGCCGACUUUGAGCCGGACGAGCGUCAGUACCGCUGCAGCUACUGCGGGAAGUGUUACAGCCACGCCUCCAGCCUGUAUCGCCACCAGCAGACGCACACCGGCAAGAACGGCGGGGCGGCGCCGCCUGCCAAACGGGCACUGGAGCCCACGCAUCAGGAGGCGCGCUACACCUGCCCCCACUGCGGGAUGAGCUUCAAAGGCAGCAGGAUGUUGGGGAGCCACCUGCGGCUGCACGGGAAGCGGCGGAUCCACCCCUGCAACAUCUGCGGCAAGGAGUUCAACCACAGCUCCAGCCUGUCGCGCCACCGUCUCAUCCACAAGAAAGGAAAAGGCCUCCCCAAGGACGUCGCCCUCGGCCCCAACAUGGCCGCCCUGCGCCACUCGCUGAAGGCCGGCGGCAAGAUCAAGAAGACCAAGAGGCAGCGGCAGCAUGUGGCGUCCGCCAUCAUCCAGAGUCAGGGCGGCGAUAAGUUCUACGCCUGCCCGCAGUGCGACAUGAGCUUCAGGACGUCCACGCAGCUCUCCAAACACCAGGUGACCCACGUCAAAGAGCUGCUGGACAACUACACGCCCGGUAAGGAGAACCUGGGCGAGAGCUCGUCCGACCUCAAGAUCCGCCUCAAGCUCUGCUCCCGUGACAAGCCCAACUUCUACACGCUGUGCAAGAAGAACCGCCGCCGCCGGGGGGUGCGGGCCGGGAAACAGGGCUCCGCCGUCUCCGAGGAAGAGGAGGGAGGAGGAGGAGCCGGUCGCCAUGGCUGCAGCCAGUGCGGGAAGCAGUUUAGCCACGCCUCCAGCCUGGCGCGGCACCAGCAGAUCCACAGGGCGGUGGACGGUGGCGGCGGGCGGGGGAAGCUGCAGCAGCACCAGAAGCAGCUUCACAUGAAGACCGGACCCCCCGCCGCCAAGACCAAGACCUACACCUGCACCGCCUGCAACAAGACCUUCAUGCACUCGUCGAGCUUCUCCCGCCACAAGAAGGCCCACCUGGAGGAGGAGCAGCGGGCCCACGCCGCCGCCGCAAAGCGCCGGAAGAGAGCAGUCUUAGACGAGACCGCUCCGCUGGAGUCGGACUCGGAGUGACAUCACCCAGCUCCAGACUGGGGUUGGACCGGUUCUGGACCUGUUCUGGGUUGGUUCUGAACUGGUUUAAGUUCUGGACCAGUUGGAGUUUGUUGGUCCGGGUUUCAGGAACUGGAUCUGGUGUAGAUAGCAGCAGGACAUCCAUAUAUGGUCGUACAGAGGGGGGGACCUCCGCAUAUGGUCAUAUCCAUAUAUGGUCAUAUCCAUAUAUGGUCAUAUCCAUAUAUGGUCAUCACUGACCGUUAGCUAAUUGCUCUUAAGGAUGGGAUUAGUUUAAAGUGUUACCCCACAGCCCCGCCCCCUGCCCCGCGCCUCCUCCACUCGUCUAAAUGGACGCUUUUAUUCGGCCCUCGCUACACUCCAUUUUCCCAUCAGCCACCUGGGCAGAGAGAUGGGAGCUACGGUCUCUUCUGUCCGUCACAGGCCACGCCCACCUGACACCACAUUUCGCAUCGGCCCCAGGACCUGGCUUUCAGUGAGCAUGCAGAGCAUCAUGGGAAACUGAGUCUCAUAACAACAAUGAAAGUUGAUUUUAUGGAAGUUUAUUAACGACAAAACUACAAAUCAAACAAAGCCCCCCCCGCUGCUCCAAUCAGAUGAAAGUGUUUCUGUCUCUAAAUCUUAUUGGUUGACUGUAAAAAAUAAUAAUAAUAAUUUCUCUUUUCAUUAAGUUUUAGUUUUAAAUCAAACUCCCAAGUUUUUAAAUAAACUAAUAAUAAUUAAAAUAUAUUUUUAUUCUCUAGAAAACAAAAAAAUCU